CGGGCGGGGAGGCGGGGCUGAGGGGCCGCCGGGCGGGGCAGGCCCGCGUCCAGCCGAGCUGGAUGGCAGCGGCGGCCCGGGGCACGGCGGCGGCGCUCGGUAACUACAAACUGAUCAUUUAACUUGAUCAAGAAUCUUUCAGAGGAUUGAAGUUACUGGUCUGUAACUUAAGUCUUCUCCAACCUUUUUUUUCUUUUUAUAAAGGUAGGUGAGGCAUGAUGCUUCUCCAGCCUUCUGUGGCCUUCCCAUAUUCCUGUAAAUGUUCAAAGAUGGUCACUAAUGCUUCAGAGAUUACUUUGACUGGUUUCUUACAUGCUUUCAGACUGAAGGAGCGUUUGUGCUUCAGCCUUUGCAUCAUUUGCUUUCCUUUCCUGUUUGGCAAUGGGAGUAGAUCGGCCAGCCCAGCUGAGACCACUCAGCGAUGACAAAACACAAGCUUCUGCUUGAUGGCACUCUCUCCUUGUUUCUGAUCGUGGCCUGUGAAGCUCAGCAGCUCCCGAGGACUCAUGUCACUGCUAGUUCUGGUCCUCUGUGUGAGAAGGAGGCAGAGUCCUGGGGAAACCUUUUCAGCAGUGAGCGGCUGGAUGCUUGGAUCUGUUCCCUCAUUGGUUCGUUCAUGGUGGGGCUGAGUGGCGUCUUCCCCUUGCUGGUGAUACCAUUUGAGACGGGAGCUGCUUUGCGGUCAGAAGCUGGCUCACACCGUUUGAAGCAGUUGUUGAGCUUUGCAAUCGGUGGACUACUGGGCAAUGUGUUUCUGCACCUGCUUCCUGAAGCCUGGGCUUACACAUGCAGUGCAACGACAGGAGUAGGGCAGAGCUUUCAGCAGCAGAAGCUUCUGGGUCUCUGGGUGAUCAUUGGUCUCCUCACCUUCCUGGUGCUGGAGAAGAUCUUCCUAGAGAAAGAAGAGGAGUGCCCCGGUGUGGGCUGUGAUUCCAAAGCACCAGGUGGAAAGGUUCCAAAUGGAAGUGGCUACCCGCUGCCAAAGGUGGCAGGCCAAUCCCAAAGAGCAGGAGCAGGUUCAACUCAGUGUAAUGGCUCCUCUCUCCAGUCUUGUCCAACAGGCAACAGAAUCAAGAUCAGUGGGUACCUCAAUCUGCUGGCCAACACCAUUGAUAACUUUACACAUGGCCUGGCGGUAGCAGCCAGCUUCCUGGUCAGCAGAAAGGUUGGGUUCCUAACCACAAUGGCCAUUCUCCUGCAUGAAAUUCCACAUGAGGUUGGAGACUUUGCAAUCCUACUUCGGGCUGGCUUUGACCGCUGGAGUGCAGCCAAGAUGCAGCUUUCCACAGCUCUGGGGGGAGUUCUAGGAGCCUGCUUUGCAAUAUGUGCUCAGUCACCAAAAGGAGCAGGUGAAACAGUAGCCUGGAUCCUCCCUUUCACUUCUGGAGGAUUUCUAUAUAUUGCCUUGGUAAAUGUUGUGCCUGAUCUCUUGGAGGAAAAGAAUCCUUGGAACUCCCUGCAGCAAAUUCUGCUCCUGUGUACAGGCAUUACAGUCAUGGUGCUACUCUCGCUCACAACGGAGUGACCUCUGCGCAGACCUCACGAUGCCUCCCAGAGCCACCACAGGGAUGCUGAGCUGUUACAAAGCAAUAAGGAACACUAAUGUUACUUCCUAUGUGUGUGUGUGUGCAGAUCUGGCUGCUAGUGUGAGAAGCAGGUGAGAAAGAGGUCUGGGUGUGCAGGACUUCGUUCCCUGGCUCUCCUGUCCCUGUUCUGCUAAAAUCCACACAUCAGGGCUUCCGUUUGUUUUUUUUUGUUUAUUUUUAAUGGAGCAAAAGAUACAGUGAGCAGAGAUGAACUGAACAACUGCUCCACAGCAAAAGGACACUGUUUCAUUCAGUUAAUUUUGAUGGAACUGCACCUCCCAAGCUCUCGUGUGAAAACAACAGAGGUGAUACCUGUAGCUGAUGAAGAGGAAGGACUUUUUCUACCACUCUUAAGGGCUGGAGGCAGAACAGGGAUGGCAAAGCAAGAAUAAACUAAUAGCUUUAGCCAGAGCUCCCUACCCGUGAGAAGUUACGGUGCUAUGAGAUAGAGGGGAAAAGGCCCUUUCUGACUUGCUCUCCAGCUUUUCAUUGAUGUCACUUGUUCCUAAAGGUAGCAUUAGCCUCAGCAGUCCACUUCUUUGGUUUAUUUUGUAUCUUUAUGUUGAAAUCGAGCCAAAAGCUUGAGGCACUUUAGGAUAGGUCACCACAAUUAAAUGGCUCAUCUUGGAGAUUAUUUGCCUCAGCCCUCAUCACUCUAAUAGCCAGCACAGCCUAACUGUUUAUCUGAAAAAUGGUCAGUAAAUGUUUCUUCUAUUUCCAUACCACCAACACACCUACAUCUGGAAGGAAAGCCAUGUAGCUGUUGUGACUGAGCUUCUUCCCCUCGUAACCAUUAGCUGAACAUGGCUCUGAGCCUGCUCUUGAGACCUGACUUGGCCAACAUCUGACCCACACCUCAUUUUAGAGCUCUCCAAAGGUGCAGCAUGUUGGCCCUGCCUGGCACACUACAGCAGCCCUGGACUGUCAUGGCAGAAGUCUGGGCAGUUUGGGCAAUAGUUGAACACUACAGCCUGGUCAGCAACCAAUAACCCCUGGUUAGCUUUUCCUCUGUGCAGUGUAGACUAUUUCAGAGCAUGCUAUAACCAAAAAUAUAGAUGGUAGCCUAUUUCUGGGCUUCUUACCUCACAGUGGAGUUAGUCUAUUGGGGAUUAACAGAUAAGAAGGAAUACUGACAGCCCUUAAAGGAAGGGGCACAACAACAAAGAGUACGGGAGGGAGGGUGAAAUGGGAAGGGUGAUAGGUCUAGAAAAACUGUGUGCUAAGUAAGGAGAGAAAGGGAUAUGAAAGAGUGACAAUAGGUAUGCUUUAAGAUAAGUUUAAUGUUGUGUGAUGCUUGGGAUAAAAAUUUUGGUCAUUUGAAACCAAUAAAAAUAAAUUGCAUUUCUAGUGCUUUGCCCACACCCCAGCUGAGGGGGCUGUCCAGGCCAUCGUUCCAGAGGGUGCACAGAGAUGUGCAGAGUUACUAGCUGAUCCCUCCUGCAGAGCUUAUCCUCACUUCACUUACAUCUGUUUAAAAACAGAUCUGAUUAAACUAGUGAGUCACUGGACACAGAACAGGUGCCACAGUGUGAAUUGCACUAACUCAACUCUGUCUUUAAACUGCUUCUGUAAAUCAGUACAGCUCUCCAGUCUGCACAGGACCUUACCAAGAGGGCUUGUCCCUUGAGAGAGCGAUUUGGGUCAGAGCAACGAGGCAGGUAUGCUGCCCACAGCAGAAGCAUUUACUUCCCUAAGAGAUUCUUGAACUGUUGACACAGUUCUUUUUUUUUUUAUGACAGCGCCUGUCCUACUUUUCAGAGAGUGCUGGAGAGCUCAUGCUUGCAGUUCUCUCUGCCCAGGAACGGCUGUCUUAAUUUUUUUUGCAGCUUUCCUUACCCCAGGCUUACAUCAGUAACUAGUUUCAUGGUAGCAGUGAGGGAGGCUUAGUGCAAUUUUUAAUUCCUCCUUACCAAGUUGCCUUCCUUUGCCAACUGCUCCAUCAUUCAAUUGUCACGAAGUCUGAAGGUAGCAUCAGCUUCCUGCUUUCCUGGAAAGAAGAGUAAUCUGAUUAGACUGCAGGGACUGGGGGAGUAUGCAAACCCUCUGGUUCUGGCUGUGGGGCAUUUUUUUCCUCCCCCUUCCCCAGGGACUGAAGCUAAGCAGACCCUGUGGUGGGGGUAUGGAGGAAGUGGGUUUGCACAGAAAGAUGUGCCUGCUGUUUCCCAAAAUGUCUUUCUCAAAAUGGUGCUGGCAUUUAAGUUGAGGCAUUGCCAGGUGAAUGCCCAUGAGCUGCCGUUGUUGCAUCAGCAUUGAGCCUUGCCAAGACUGAAAACCACAGUCAGGAUUUUGUGCUCAGUGUUCAGGAAUGUGAAACGGAUGAUAGUGAAGAAGGAAUUUCUGAGUUUUUCUUAGCUGCUACCACAGACCUGGACUGUCUGUAGUUCUUGGGAAGGUAGCAUGGGGCUACUGAGAGGGAGGGGCUCAUUAGUUUUCCACUACAUCAGCCCUAAGGGCUGAAGAUGGGAGAGGAAAUGGAGCAUCACUCCACCACAUUUGUCACUUUUGGAAAUGCAGAGAGAAUUGUAUAUUCUUGCUCUAUAUUUUCAGCUGCUCUUAUGCAUUUUCCUCCUUCAUCUGUAUUGGUCUGCUCUGCAUGGAGACAAUAGAGAUGAAAUAAAUGGUUUUCCUUUG